AUGCCUCCUGCCGGUCAAGAUGAAGAUUUUUUGGUAUGUUUCUAAUGGAACUGAGUGUUCCCUCCUCAGCUUUUCCUUCCCUACUCGAGUGAACUCACAGCAAUCGAAAGUUUUCAGUCCCCCUCCAAUCUACAUUCGCUCCUUCACUAGCCUUACUUAGUUUUAGUUAUACGAAGUGGAAGAAAAACCAGAACUGAUAUCGACAGUUUUACUGACUGAACUGGCUCGGUGCUUUAUAAUGUGAAAGUUAACCGAAGGAGUGCCAACGAAACAGAGGAAUCCAUAUUUUGUGAGAAGUUAAAAGUCCAGGAAAUCCCUCGCAAAAUUAGUUAGCAUGGCAAGUUAUUGAAAUCAGGACAAGUUCGGCAAUCAGGAGGAAGAAACCUUCGAUUAUAUCGAAAAGUCUAUGAUAGUUCUCGCUAAUUCUCAAGUCAUAAUAAAUGCAUCCAAAAUUUCUGGCUUGUUAAGUAGGUCUCGUUCCAUACAUGACCAUGAAUUCAAUAAAUUAAUUUCCGAUUCUUUUUAAUAAUUUUAUUCCAUUCUGAACACUUCUAAGAACGGGAAAAGAAAAUCUAGGGUUUCAGAAAUACGCGAUGGAGUCGUACGUGGCCGACGUGAACACUGAAUUCGGCAAAACGACCAUCGUCUUCACCCUUCGCGAGAAAUCUGGAGCUCUUGCAGAAACAUUGCGAGUUUUCCAGGUGAGAAACACUUCAAAAGCUUACUUAUACUUAUACUUCAUCUUUAAAAUAAUUUUGGAGUGUAUGUUUGACGAAGGAGUUAAAACUCUAGUUUAGUAGUUCUGUCGCCCAUAAUUAUUUUUUCUUGGUACGACGAUCACAAUAACUACAAAAAAAACUUGAAAUAGGGUGUGAAUGUGGAGAAACUUUUCCGUCCGAGACAGGUCGAAUGUGCUUUUUUUUUUAGCUUUUCCUUCAUUUUCCACAUACUGGCCAAACGCGUAGUUCAUCUUUUUUUUUAGUCACAUCACUUUUUUCGUGCAAUGCAAACUUUUUCUCCUACAUUGUCAUUGGUUUUUCCAGCCAAUCAGGAUUUCUAAAAACAAUUUCCUGUGACUGAUCUCCGACGUAGGAAAAUAAAUCACAAGUAUUGCUAUUAUUCUCCAAAAACCUGAAAUAACCUCCUCACUCAGGCAGUUGUUUUCGUUCAGUUGGAAAAAAAUGGAAACGUGUCAAGUGAAUCGCUGUGCACGAUACGCAGCGGCGUGUGAUCUCGGAAUUCUCCAGUCGAUUGAAGUCAAUUCACUAAUUAGAUGAUGUUGCAGUGUUCGUGACUGCAUUCUGAAGCCUUACUGUAACCAAAUGAGAUCAAAUCAGGCGCGAAAUGUUGCGAUUCUGUCUUUUUUGUCUCUCACUGCGUUUUAAAGGUUUUCGUUUCUGUAGUGAAUAAGAAAUGAAAGAGUCUUCCGAUCGAUCAAUUAUUAUACUAAUCAGGCCCUUUGAAAGGGUCUUCUUAACCUUUUUAGCUAAUUAACACGCAGUCUCCGUAAUUCUCAAAAACAACCGUUGCUUUUGAAAAUUUCUGACCAAAUUUUCUUAAACCCCUUUUUUGGGUCGAGGUUGGGAUCGAACUUGUGGCCCUGUGGACCGUAGAAAGGCACAUAAUGUGAUAAGCUACGGAGCACCUUCGACAAUAUUUCAUUCUAACAAAGGAAACUCUGCAGGCUCACGAUGUGAACUUGUCCCACAUCGAGUCUCGUCCGUCCAAGACCCACCAGGGCUGCUACGAAAUCCUGGUCGAGUUUGCCGAAGACGAGCGCCAGCAAAAGAUUGAGGAGGUAGGCGUGGAUGGCAUUCGAAAAGAAAAGGAAAAAAACUGUUGUUAGGUUAUCGAUUUGUUCAAAAAACAAGGAGAAAAGGACGUUCUCGUGCAGGACUGGAACACAAAAAACAAGCAAAACAAAGGUUAUAAUAAACUUUUUCGAAAUAAUCGUGGAUAAUGAAGAUUCUGUGCCUUGGUUCCCUCAGCGCAUUUCGGACAUCGACCAAUUCGCCAAUCGAAUUCUCUCCUAUGGCUCCGAACUCGACGCCGACCAUCCCGUAAGCUGAAAACCCUUUCCAUUUCCAAAAGGAACCAUCUCAGGGGUUCAAAGACCCAGAAUAUCGCGAGCGGCGCAAGUAUUUCGCUGACAUCGCCUUCAACUACAGGCAGUAAGCGAUUCUUACAUUGCGAUAGGAAGUUGAAGAAGCUCUCAAAGUUUUCUUUUAGUGGCGACAAAAUACCGCGAAUUGAGUAUAACGACCUGGAAAUCCAAACUUGGCGCACAGUAUACAAUGAGCUGACGACUUUGUAUCCCGAACACGCGUGCCGAGAGUUCAACUACAUUUUCCCGCUUUUGCAGCAGAACUGCGGCUACGGACCCGACAAGAUUCCUCAGCUUCAAGACAUUUCCGAAUUUCUUAAAGGUUUCGGAAUUUCACUCCUUUUUUGCUGUUAAACAAAUCUUUUUAUUGAUAGAUUUUUUUUUUCUCUUAUUCCGGUUAAUAAUAAUAAUUGACUUCUGUUAAUCAAUCAAACCUUCAUUUAGGCUAACAAGAAAGAAAUCUCGUUUCGAUUUUCUUAAUUCUAAUGUUACGCUAAGGGGCGUGUCCUGUCUGCGCUCUCCACGAGCCAGGCGCUGUCUCGUGCAUUAUCGUGUCUUUUUUCGAUGGCUCAAGUCAGCCGUGAAUCAGAUAUUUCUUCGUUUUGCCCUCAGGAAAAAAAAGUCUUUUAUAGUUGAUAAGUUCGCUCCAAGGUAUUUUUGAGGCACGCUAGGCAACCAAAAACUCUUGUUUUUUUCUGAUUUUCAGUGGAACUCGGUCUUCUCAGUCACUGAAACCUAUCACAUAACUUUUGAUCCAUACGUGCGUUAGUCUAAAACACUAUAAAUAGAGGAAGCUGAAUUGGCUUAAGAAAACUUACCGAAUCAGCGAUAAUAAAUUAUUCCGGAGUUCAGGGAGGUAAGUGUAGCGAAAAGGAAAAAAGGUAAAAAAAAAAACAGCAUUUAAUCGAACCUCUGCUACUUUUUUUGGAGCUUAACAUUUGCAGACUGCACUGGCUUCACGCUCCGACCUGUGGCCGGACUCCUUUCCUCGCGCGAUUUCCUCGCCGGCCUCGCCUUCCGGGUUUUCCACUCGACGCAGUACAUCCGACACUACUCAGCUCCCAAGUACACUCCAGAGCCGUGAGUUUCCAUCCGAUCACGAGAGGAUGAACUGAGCUCCAGCGACAUUUGUCACGAGCUUCUGGGCCACGUGCCGCUUUUUGCCGACGUCGAGUUUGCGCAGUUCUCCCAGGAAAUCGGUCUUGCUUCUCUAGGGGCCACAGAUGACACUAUCGAGAAGCUGGCUACGGUAUUUGAAAAGAUGGAGUGAAAUGGUCUUUUUUUAGCUUUACUGGUUCACAAUCGAAUUCGGGCUCUGCCAGCAGGACGGUCAGACUAAAGCUUAUGGCGCAGGACUUUUGAGCUCUUUCGGAGAGUUGCAGUACGCCUUGAGUGACAAGGUUUCUACUCGUCCCAAAGGAACCGAGAAAAAGUCUUUCAGCCCGAAGUCCAUCCUUUCGAGCCCUCUGUGACUUCCGUUACCAAGUACCCCAUCACAGAAUAUCAGCCGCGAUACUACCUUGCCGAGUCAUUUGCGAGCGCUAAGAACAAACUCAAGUUAGAGAGAAUAGAUGUUUUUGUGAGAGACCUCUUCGAAAAAAAUAGGUUCAAUUGGUCUUUUUCUGGUCUGAAAAUACGCCUUUUUGGUUUUUAUGAACUCAUAAUUCGUUUCAUGCUUGACUUUCAUAUCGUUUUUGAAGGUUUUGAAUACGGGUUUGUUUCGAUUUUUGAGAACAGAAUCGUGAGAAAAGAGAUUUUAAGCUAAGUUGUUCACUCAGAUGAGCUCAUCUGUUUGAGGACUUGGGCUUCGACGAUCUCGCGUCCUUUCCAAGUGCGCUACAACGCCUACACUCAGCGUGUCGACGUCUUGGACAAGGUUUCUGCUCUGCAACGUCUCGCCCGCGACAUCCGAAGUUCGUUUUCCGAUCACAACAUUUCUGAAAACAUCGACUUUUCAGGCGAUAUGUCGACGUUGGAAGAAGCUUUGGGAAAAGUUGGCGUGGUCCGAGGUUGA